AUGGAGCCCGACGGAGGUGCAGACGAGGACCUAGACAUUGAAGGAGGUGGUCCAUCUACAGUACAAGCAGAUUGGCUUGAAGGGAUGGAUCCUAAAUCCACUUUUAUGCUGAACUUUAAACAUCUUGGUAAUCCAAAGAAAGCUAGGAAGGAUCUUAGAUGUUUUUGUUUUGAGAAAAUUGUGGAUAGUGACAGAACAAAUUUAAAGGACUUAAUUCAAUCAAUCAUAGAGCAAUAUCCACCCAGUUACAUGGAAGUUGCUCAUCUUCAAUAUCAUGACCACGUUUUGAAAAGCUUUCCAGAAGUUAAAACAGACCAAGACUUGAUGUUAAUGUUUGAGAGACACAUGAAUACAAAGGUUGUGGACAUGUUCAUAGCAUAUUGUGAUCCUUCUGAGCAAUACCAUCCUAUCACUGAGUGGGAUAGUGAGAAUAGGAACAAGCCAAAUAAGCCUCCUGGUGACACCACACAAUUGGAUGAGGGUGAGGAUGCUUAUCUACGAAAUCCACAACCAGAGAACGAACAUGUUGGUGUAGAUGAUGAGGGUAUGUACAAUGAACCUGUACAUGGUUUGGACCUAGUUGUUUAUUCUUCCAAAGACAAGGAUAAGCAAUAUGUUCUAGUUGAAGAUGAUGAGGAUGAAGUUGAGUCAGGGUCUGAGUUAGGGAAGUCAGGGUCUGAGUCGGAGUCUGAAAUAGAGGAGGCCGAGGAUUUAGUAGGAGACGACAAUGAGAAAGAUGCUAUUGGUUCACCAAACAGUUUAGCCAUAUGUACUGAUGCAGGGCAGGCAAUCAUGAAUGGUGUAAAAGAGGUGUUUCCACAAGUAGAACAUAGGGAAUGCAUGUUUCACUUAGUGACCAACUUUAAGAAGAAGUUCCAUGGAAAAGUGUUUGAUGACCAUCUUUGGGCAGCAGCUUACUCAUGGAACUCCUAUGUAUUUGAGAAGCAUUGGCUUGCAAUGGAGAAAGAAAAACCAGCCGCAACCGCAUACCUAAGGAAAUGCCAUACUAGGGAACCAAAGAAGAAGAAGAAGGCAGCAUCUCAAUCCAGCAUUGUGCCGAUGGAUGAUGAAACAACAACACAAUCCAUGUCUUUUCCACCAAGGAGGAGCCAAAGCAUUGAGCCUGCAGCUAAGAAAAAGUCCAAACAAGGCACGACUGAAUCUGUAGGAUCAGCAAGGUCCAAAAAAGGUUCAAAUCAACCUGAACCAUCUACGGAGCUUACAAGUGGUGCAGCACCAACAUCUAAAACUGUGAAGGCCAAGGCUAAGACAAAGACAAAGCGGAAGAAUAUAGCUAAAGACAUUGCCAUAAAGCCACUGAUACUUGAUAGCCCUACGAUGGACACAAGAAGCAAAAUAUGUAAUCAUGUUAGCCCUGCAAUGAGCACAAGAAGUAAAAGGAGGCUCAGUUUGUGA